GGAAGUGUAACGAGAAAAUUGUGAACUGCAUAUACCCGUCUUCUAUAUAAAUCCACGUGAUUCAGUGAACUAUCGAGCAGUCUGUGCACCGAAAGCUUCUCGAAAGCAAAAGGAUUCAACACUUUAGCCUUGUCAUGAAAACUGCCGCAUUCUUCUUGUUUGCUGUCUUUCUGGUUGCGGCUGAAUGUGCUUCAGUUGCCUACACCAACAGCCGAUUAGGAAAACGGACUCCUGUCAGCCGGAGUAGCGUCUUCUUCAACAAAGAUGGCACGAACGUCGCGUACAGCAUCAACCAUAAACCGAGCGCAGGAUUCGAUGCUUCCGUCUCCAUCACUCGUAACGUUCCUGCUCGUCCUGCAGUUCCAGUUCCUGCCAUUAGACUCGCUCCUGCCAUCAUUCCGCGCCCAGUUUCCGUCAAAACUCCAGUGGAUCUUCCCGUUCAACUCCCGUUUUACGCCCCCGUAAAUGUUCCAGCUGUACCCGCCACUCCAGUUGUUUUGGACGCCCCUGUUGUCCAGCAGAUCAAUCCGAUUUCCGUCCCUGUUUCACCUGCCGUUCCAAAUGCCUUUCCCAUCGGUGUUGUCCAGAACGCUCCUAUUCCUCUUCCUUACAAUACCGUGUCUCAUGAAAACGUUGUAGAUGCUUAUCGAUUGGCUGAUCCUUUCGCUUUCGGACCUCUUCCGCUCUCGCUGGAUCAUUCCGUCAUGUUCGCCAAAAGAUUCUAAAGUUGAAUGACGUCAUUGACUGGAAUUGCUGGACGCUCAGAUUCACGUUGACGGGACCCAGCGGGACAGUGUGUCAAUUCUAAGCGUGUCCAUCUGUUGAUAAUUACUUGUAUUACCUGCAACAGGUAACGUUUUGCUCCACCCUAUUUUCACGAUAUUCGUACGAGAGUGAGAACUGAUCAUUUUUUAGCGAGUAAGGACUGGUGGUUGAUUUGGUUUAAAAGUGUGUUUGAUAUUCGUUUUUACAACUUGUUUUUUUUUUUAACACUCGAAUACAAGUUCUCCUAUGAGUCCACCACGAA